GCCCCCCACCAGCUCGGUUGCCCGGGAGACCGGGGCUGUUUACCAGCGGGACGAGCCCGCGACUGCCGCGGAUGGAGCGGAGAGGCAAGGGGUCUUGAGAAGCAAUGGCCACAGAAGCCCCUGUGAAUAGAGCCCUCCCUGAAUGCAGCCCUGUCGUCAGCACAGCAGCCGACCGCUUCAUCUGGCAGCCAAACUCGCUGAACAUGCACGUCAUAAGGCCCAAGUCCGCCAAGGGACGGACUCGGCCGAGGCUACACAGACCCCAGGACGCGGGGGUGUGCUCUCACCGCACACCCUCUUCUCCGCCUCCAGCCAUUCCCUGCGAGUCGCCAAGCAGCCAGAAGCCAGGAGUCUGUGUGCCCAGGUCCCCAAACCAGGGCGCCCCCGUUGAGGUCCCCGAGCUGCUGCAGCAGGUGCCCAUGGGCGCGGCCUCCUCCCUCAAUAAGUACCCGGUCCUUCCUUCCAUCAACAGGAAGACCCUGGGGGAGGGGGCGGUGGAGACAGUAGCUGAAAGGGCCGGCUCCCUGCAACUCAGCAGCAUCCAGGCUCUUUACCAGGAGGAGACCUGCACCAUGGAGACCAGCCAGGAAGACCCCAGAGCUCCAGCUCGUUUCCCGGAGAGGAAGCUCGUCUUCCAAACCAGGAGGCCGAGCUCCUCCGGGGCUGGAGACCUGGAGGAACCAUCCGAUCAAGAGCCGAGGCUGCUGCUGGCCGUCCGAUCCCCGUCAGGCCGCAGGUUCGUGCGCCACUUCCGGCCAACGGAUGACUUACAGACCAUCGUGGCCGUGGCCGAGCACAAGAACAAGGCCACCUACCGACACUGCAGCAUUGAAACGAUGGAGGUGCCCAGGAGACGUUUCUCCGACCUCACCAAGUCUCUGCAGGAGUGCAGGAUCCCGCACAAGUCGGUGCUGGGCAUCUCACAGGGAGACGGGGAGCGGUGGGUCUGAGUCCACAGCCGCCCAGCUGGGGUCCCGGGUCUCUGAGCAAGGAGCCUGCUCAGGUGCCAGGGCCUCCCGGGGGCAGGUGGUUCCAAGUGCCACGUGAGCCUGGUGCAGCGAUGAUUCUCGGGACUCUCAUCUUCAGAGCAUCUCCUUUUAAGCAGUGAAAUCUGCACCUGCACCAAGGGCACGGAGAAGAUUCUCUCCUGGUUGUUAAAUUCUCCCCACCCCUGGAGUGAACUGGUCAGCGACCGGGGCGCUCCCUGCAACAGCUGUGGCCAGGCCUUCUCCCUCCCAGCAUUUUGGGACCUUCCUGGAGCACCUGCUCGCCUUGACAAUGAACUCUCUCUCUCCCUCUCUCUCUCUCUCUCUCAGCCAAUGGUUUGCCCUUCUGUAUUUGAUGCAGGAUUAAACACUUGCCAGAGAGGAUUCUAGUCUGGUAAAUAACCAGGGUUCAGGAAAUGUCCAACUGGCAUUUGCAUUUCUUGCAAGUAUGUUAAGAAACGGGUGGUGUCCCUGUGUUGGAAACAGCCCCUUCGCGGGGCUCAGGUGGCUAGAAUUUCCUGGGGUUUUCGGUUUGUGUGAGGCGGCUGCAGAGGAAGGAUCGGGUCUUUUGCUGGGACCGAUCUCCCACUGCAUCAGUUGUCUAAACAGUCUAAGAGUUGGAAAGCAAAUCGCCAGGAGUUUAGCCAGCAGCUACCUUGAAACAGAGACUGACCAGGGUUAACAUCCUUUGGUAGCUACUCUCUGAGUGCAAAAUUCUCCAAAACUGAGAAAAGCCAGUGUGAUCUGAUUUUCUUAGUAAUGAGUCUUUGGUUUUGUAAUUGUAUAAACCUAUAAGUCUACAGGUUUGUACUAAUCACCCCGCCCCCACUCUGCUCAUCGGGGUGUGGAUACAUUGUUUUAUCCCCCAGUUUCAGUGUCUCGCCUUCUUUUUUUAAAAAAUAUAUAUUUUUUAUUGAUUUUUUUACAGAGA